AUGGUGGCCCGUAGACUGCCAACAUCCAGCAAUGUCCGAUGGAACUUUCACAGCCGAGCCAUCAACACUGUGUUUGAGCAGAGAGAUGAUCUCAUUCAAUGUUUUGAGAACAUACGAGAUUCGGGUGACUUUGACUCCAACACCAUCAGAGAGGCAGGAGCCAUGGCCAUGCUGCUGGAACAUCAGGACUUUAAGUUCUUCCUGGAACUUUUUCACCACAUCAUGCCACUUGUGGACCUCCUCUAUGCCAAGCUCCAGAAGAAGAACAUAGAUGCAGUCCACAUCAAAAGGAGCAUCCAGCAGUUUGAACAGGACAUACAAAACAUCAGAAAUUCUCUCCAUUCCAUGAGUGAGCAAAGCAGUGACUCUCUGACAGCAAAACGGCGUCGGGUACUCAGUUCCGAGGAUCGUCAGAGUGCUGCAGAAGAGAUCUGCAACACCAUUCUGAGACACACCAGGGAGCGCUUCAACUUCACCGACCAUCUUGUCUGUGCCACCUUGUUGCAGGGGGACAGGUUUAAGGAACAUCACGGGUCAUUUCCCGAAGAGGUGCUGCAAAGCACUUUGAAGGCCUACCCAAUGCUGAAUGGAAGCAAGCUCAAGACAGAGCUCAGUCUCAUCUACAGCAAAGCAGAGUUCAGAGCCUGUUGUGGUGCAGUGGACCUGUUCCAGCUGUUCAUGGAGAACAAUCCUUCAAGAUGUUUUUUCAGAAACGGUCACUCUUUUAAAGAUCCUUAUUACCACACCUAUGACCACAGCUGA